ACGAUGUUCAUUUUCUAUAGUGUGUAUCAUUGGGUGUGUCAGGUGCCUAUAAGGUGUCAGGAUGUCACUGUCCAUCUCUCCAUGCAGGAGGGGGAAUAUAUAGAGGAACACAGGGGUCUGUACAAGGACGUGAUGAUGGAGAAUCACCGGCCCCUCACAUCACUGGAUGGGCCCAGUAACAGAGCUACCCCAGAGAGAUGUCCCCAUCCUCUGUAUUCCCAGGACUGUACAAAGGAGAAUCACAGGAUCCCACAGGAGGAUAAGGGUGAGCACCUUUCUGAUAUGAAGGCCGAAGAUAUAGAGGGAGAAGAAGAGACGUAUGUGACUGAUAUGAAGGCAGAAGAUAUAGAGGGAGAAGAGACGUAUGUGACUGUUAUGAAGGCAGAAGAUAUAGAGGGAGAAGAAGAGACGUAUGUGUGGAGAGAUCAGAAGUGUAAGGAAGAGGAAAUCCCUACAGGUAUCAGCACAGCAGAUGGAGGCACAAGCAGGAAUUCCUUGGAGGGAGAUCUCAUCUUGUCUGCAGAUAGUAAAAUAGAAGAUAACACCACACAGGAUUCUCCAGGAGACAUCCCCAUUACUCUAACUAUACAUCCAGUACCUCACAGUGCUGAUACACUGAUCAGUGCUGAUACAUCUGAUCCCUCUAAUCGCGAUGACUAUUCUUCCAAUACCUCAGAUUUUGUUACACAUCAUGCAGCUCAUACAUGUGAUAAAAUAUUUCCAUGCUCUGAGUGUGGGAAAAGUUUUGCACGCAAAUCAAAACUUGUUAUACAUCAGAGAAGUCAUACAGGUGAGCGACCAUUUCCAUGUUCUGAGUGUAGGAAAUGUUUUCUGUGUAAAUCAGAUCUUGUGAGACAUUACAGAAAUCACACAGGUGAGAAACCAUUUCCAUGCUCUGAGUGUGGGAAAAGUUUUGUACUCAAGGGACAGCUUGUUAAACAUCAGAAAAUUCACACAGGUGAGAAACCAUUUCCAUGCUCUGAGUGUGGGAAUGUUUUCUGUAUAAAUCAGAACUUGUUAUACAUCAGAGAUGUCACACAGGCGAGAAACCGUUUCCAUGCUCUGAGUGUGGGAAUAGUUUUGCAUUAA